GAAAAAUGACAAUUGGUAUAGGGUAGAAGCUCCCUGCAACUAGAAGUGUUCUUCUAUUUGAUAAUAGACAUGUACAACCUCCUGGAAUCCUCGACAGAAAGCUUGCAAAAAGUUCACGAAUGAGCAUGAUUAAACACUCUAUAACUUGAUGAUAAAACUUUAAUUGUGUACAAAUUCGUAGGUCUUACACCCUCUACUUAUAGAGGUCACAAAAACAUAAAUCUAACCUUAUAAGAAUAGGAAAAAAAUUCCAAACUAGCUAGAAAACAUAAUAAAGAUUAAAUAAGGUCUAAAAAUCGUUUUUAUUACUAAAGAAAGCUCUUUAGCCGCUAAGUAAUCUCUAAAACUCGUUUUUAAUGCUUGAGGAAGCUCUUUAGCGGUUAAGCAAUCUCCCUCAUUCUCUUUUUCACACUUGGACGACUUGGGCAUCCAGAAUGUCUUACUUGGGUAGAAAGAAAGUCCUUAAAGGUUUUGGUCCUUAAACAUGUCCUAUUUCAAUUAAUAUGUAAUAAACCAGCUCUCCACUUUCAUCCAGGCCUGAUCACGACUCACAACUGAUCCUUAUACCUCAAAAUGUGUAAUAGUAAGCAACCCAUUUAUCCAUCAAGAACGUUCCCAACUAAUCAUUAUACCUCUGGAUUCGAACCUUCAUCUUUGGACCACAAGAACUAAAUAUCUUGUCUACUGAUUUUACAUCAUCAAAUUCCUAAGCCUUGCUUGUCAAGGCAUUUUCACCUAUCUUGAAUGCUCUCAUGCUCUCUUUGAACCUCUAAAUUCGUCUCUUGUUCCAUGGUCCAUGUGAAGAGAUUAUUUGACCUCGAAUAAAAUCAUAAGGGGUGAGAGUGAUCGCAUCAUUACCUCCCUCUUGAAAAACAAUUGCCCUCAAAUCUUGCUGCCACAUAUAUAUGAGUUCCCAUGGGGAAAAUUAUCAAGGGUAAUUACCGGAAAAAAAUUAUCAAGGGUGGCAGAACGUGAUGUCAACACUCAAACCGUGAAAAUCACAUGGUUCCAGGAGGGUGUAUGCUCUUACGAGGGAGGAAGAUGGGGAUCAGAUUCAGUACAACCCGACUUGGAAGGCUCCUUGGAGGAUCCCGAGCCACAGCAAAUAAAAACUUUGUUCUGGUUGGUGCUCCACAACCGACUGCUUAAGAAUGCAGAGAGGCUCCAUCGUCAUUGGAGCCAACGGAUAAGUGUCCCAUAUGAGGAGGAGGGCCUGAGAUUUCCAUCCAUGUCACGCAGGACUGUGCCUACCCUUGCGACGUGUGGUCCUAUUUCUUAGCAGAUGAGCCCGAUCGAGACUUUUUUCAGGCGGACAUUCCACGUUGGGGACUCCAUUACUUGACAGAUCGCAGCCCCAUGGUGGGCGCGUCAAUUUUCGCACUUGUUUGUUGGCAACUUUGGAAGAACCAGAAUGCUUGGGUCUUUGAGAAGCAAUUGGCGGUACCUGUAAACUUGGUUGCACGAAUAAAGAAGCCACGGAGCCAAUUUUCCUUGGACUUUCAAGCGUCGUAGAGCUUUACAGGCGAGGAAACCGGAGGUCCCUCAGACAUAUCACCUAGCAAAGUCCACCGAACGGGUGGGCAAGCCUGCAUACAGAUGGCUCAGUGAUUCUGGCUCAGUGAUUCUGGCUCAGAAUAGUGAUGCGAAAAGGGGGAUGAUAAGGAGGAAUGACGGACGAAUGCUUAAGGCAUUCUCGAUGAACCUAGGUGGCGGAUCAAUUACCCAUGUAGAGCUGGCAAGCAUCAAGCGGGGACUUUGCAUUUCCUGGGACAUGGGACUUCGAAAGCUCGUGAUUCAGAUCGACUCUGUGACAACCAUUUUGUUAAUACAGGUAGAUACCUCGAGCCACCCACAUCGUAUGCCAUUGAAGUCUAUUCGACGGUUCUUGGCUUUGGAUUGGGAGAUUACUAUUGGGCAUGUUUUUCGGGAGGGAAAUUUUGUUGUCGAUUAUCUAGCUUCUCUGGGAUGAAUGAAUUGGAUUGGGAAUCCUCGAAACGAAAACCCCAAAAUAUUUCGAGCGGGUUAAAGUGUGAAGAUAGUGUCCGACUAACAAUUGUUUUGAUCUCUUUUUGGCAAAUUGGUCAUCCACAAAGGUCCAUUCCGACUCCAGGAAGUAUUCCUCACAUCACUGCAAGCUUUGAACCCUCUGGAACAUAUCUAUUAUGAAGCUGACGAUGUUCUGACAAAGAAGAUGUUCGAGUAUACUACUGUCAAUCCAAUUCGGGAACAGUUUAGUGAAGUUUUUGAGCAAACGAAGUUCCAAACUUUGAGGUCAAAGCUUUUUGAAGUGGGGGGGGGGGGGGGCUUAUAAAAUCCAAAUUAACCAAGACAAUGAGUUGUUAUUACUUGCCAAAUAAGCUAUCCAAGUUGGCAAGAAAAGGGGCAGAAUUUGGCUAAGUGUCAAAUUCAUAUCAUGGUGCCUACUUUGGAGGUUUAUUCGAUCUGGAGGAGGAAGAUUCGAAGCAAAACGGACUUGUUACAAGAAAGUAAAACAUUUUCU